AUGCCUAACCGCGCCGCCGUGGCGUUCGGUGCUUCCAUCGCCGCGGCGCUGCGGGGGGAAGAGGAGACGGAUGGGGAGCGGCAGCCGGCGGCGCGGAGCGGUGCAAUCGGCUCCGGCACGAGAGCUGCUGGCGGCGGCCCGUUGCGUGCCAAACAUCACGACCGCUUCCUCUGGGUGGCCAGUGACUCCUGGGGCGCCAAGGUACACCCCGUGAGGAACCAGGAGCACGUGGCCGAGGGCGCCAUCACCAUCCUGCCGCAGCGCACGACUGUCCCCGGGUUCGACGAGUACUUCAAGCUGCUGCGGCCUUGGGUGCGCCCCGGGGAUUGCAGGUCCGGAAAGUCGCGCAAGCGCAACAUCAUGAACAACAACAUCAACAACAUCAACUGCCGCAACGUCUGGUUCCGCGAGUUCUGGAGCCAGCUUUUCAACUGCACCUUCGACAAGACGGACAGAGCUGGCAACAGGUGCAGCGGCCGCGAGGAACUCACCAAGUACAAGCAGGAGGGGCUCGUGCCGUUUGUAGUGGACGCCGUGUACGCGCUGGCCCACGCGCUGCACAACAUGAUCCUGGCGAAGUGCGGCUCGAUCCGCCUCUGCGACGAGCUGCGGCCGGUGCCAGCCGGCCAGGAGCUGCUCCAGUACAUCCGUAACGUUUCCUUCAUCGGUAAGCAGAAACGACAAGUUCGUUUCGACGAAAACGGUGACGCGACUGGCUUCUACAACAUCUACCAGUUCCAGAAGAGGGAUGGGAAGUACGAAUACUACCAAAUCGGUGAAUGGGUCGAAAGUCUGAACAACUUGAGCACGAGCAAGAUGAAGUGGCGCGGAGACACGAACACGACUCCCUCCUCCAUCUGCAGCACGCCGUGCCCUUUGGGCAAGAUCCGAAACUAUCAAGUGAGUGGGAAACACCGCUAG